AUACGGAACACAAAUCUCAAACUCAACCGAAUCCAUCACUCUCUUCUUCCGCCACUAUAAUGCCGUCGCCGCCGCUGGCAUGGUGGAUGGGGAUCCUUCUCCUCCUCUUCUCUCCGCCGGCCCUGGCUGCUACUACUAUGGACGAGGCAUGCCUCUCUAGUCUCCGUCUGUCACUGGUGGACCCAGACAACAGCCUCCGUAACUGGACCAAGGCUAACUUCGAGGCCCCCUGCAACGGCUUCACCUCCUACCUCACUGGCGUCACCUGCAACAACGGCCGAGUUUACAAGCUCGCCCUCUCCGGGCUCUCCCUCGGCGGCGCCAUCUCUCCCUUCGUCGCCAACUGCUCCAACCUCCAGUCCCUCGAUCUCUCCUCCAACCAGAUCUCCGGCAGCAUCACCCCGGAGAUCUCCGCGCUACUCAACCUCGCCGUCCUCAACCUUUCCGCCAACCGCCUCUCCGGGGCCAUCCCCCCGCAGCUCGCCCUCUGCGCCUACCUCAAUGUCAUCGACCUACACGCCAACCUCCUGUCCGGCCAAAUCCCCGACCAACUCGGCCUCCUCGUCCGCCUCUCCUCCUUCGACGUCUCCUACAACCGCCUCGAGGGCCCCAUCCCCGUGCUUCUCGCCAACCGCUCCGGCGUGGAGACGGCGGCGCCACGGUUCAAUGCCAGCUCAUUCGUCGGAAACCCUGACCUCUACGGGUAUCCCCUGCCUCCGAUGAGGGGGAAGGGGCUGUCAGUGCUCUCAAUCGUCGGGAUUGGACUCGGCAGCGGCCUACUCAGUCUCGUGCUCAGCUUCACCGGCGUUUGCAUAUGGCUUCGGGUCACCGAACGGACCGCCAUGAUGGCUGCUGACGAUGGAAAAAUCUCCCAUUUGAUGCCGGAAUAUUGACUAGUUCGUCUCCUCUUCGCCCAAAUCUGCCAUGAAUAGCUUCAAAAUCCUAUCUUGGAAGCAAUCAUCUCAUUCAUCCGAGAGUAAAGUCCUCCUUUUCCCAAUUUUUUUUUUCUUUUGAUUUUUCUUUAAUACAUCCCAUGUAAUUUUUUCUUCAAUCUUUCUUUCUUUCUGUCUGUCUCUGUGCAAAAAUCUUUUAAAGGCUGUUAAUUAGAUUUUACGUACCAAAGAUCACAGAUGAACUAAUUCACUCUUUUCCUUGUCUCUGUAACUUCUCUGAUCCUACUUC